AUGAUGCUGAACGCCGCGACGAAAAUCGACGAGCUGCAAACCAGCGCCAAAGUAGAAAUACGACGCGCCAAGAUCGAGACGACGACGCCGAGAAGAACGCGCCUGCAUCACUCCCUCACCAAGAUGAUCUGCCUCCGCCGCCAAAACGGCAAGUCCGAUAAACAUCUCGGCAUCAAACCGGUCUCAAGCACGAGACCGAGAAAACGAACUACGAAUGGCUUGAUCCCGGCAUGGGUACGUAGGCAGCCUUUCCAAAGGUUCAGCUAUACCCCAAUAAAAUUCUAUAAUCCGUCUGACGAGAUGAGCAUUGUAAAAUUUUAUUCACCUCCAAAGGGCACACGUCGACGUUCUGGCCAAACCUCUCGACAACACCGAUCUCGUCAUCACACGAAUCGAGCGGUCUCGUCAUCACACGAGCCCGAGAAACACCGAUCUCGUCAUCAUAUACGAAAUCGAGCGGUCUCGUCAUCACACGAGCCCGAUAAGACACCGAUCUCGUCAUCAUAUACGAAAUCGAGCGGUCUCGUCAUCACACGAGCCCGAGAAGACACCGAUCUCGUCAUCAUAUACGAGAUCGAGCGGUCUCGUCAUCACACGAGCCCGAUAAAACCAAUCUCGUCGAAGCUCGAAUCCGAGAAAAAUCGUCACAGCAAUCUAUUCUCCUUGACGAGACAAAAGAGGUUUUUCCAUAUCAAGGUUUUAACGAGGCAGUACGGAUCUAAAGUCAAUAACGCAACGCAGCAUCACGUCAGCGCAGCAUCGCGACAGCAUCGGCAUCGCGUCGGCAUCACAUAG